CGUGAGGAGACAGGAGGAGAUGUUUGGUUUGUCCCGCCUCUCGCUGCGUCUCGGUGGCGUCUCCCGUCGCCAUGGAGACCGACGCCUCAUCGCGACCGUCGUCAGCGGCAACAAGACGGCCAGGCAGGUGAAGCAGCGGCUGCAGGUUCAGGUGGAGCAGAUUCAGUCCAGAUUCUCAGGAUUCAGACCAGGACUCGUCGUUCUGCAGGUCGGAGACAGAGACGACUCCAACCUGUACAUCAGCUCCAAACUCAAGGCCGCGGCAGAGAUCGGGAUCAAUGCCAAACACAUCCGACUCCCGAGUUCCUCCUCUCAGGACGAGGUCCUCAGAACUGUCCUGGGUCUAAACGAGGACCCUGAGGUUCAUGGUCUGAUCGUGCAGCUUCCACUGGACUCAGACCGACUCAUGGACCAGGACCUGAUCACCAACGCAGUGUCCCCGCUCAAGGACGUGGACGGUCUGUCGUGUGUAAACGCUGGGAGACUUUCUCGGGGGGAACUCAGAGACUGUUUCCUGCCCUGUACACCACAAGGCUGCAUGGAACUGAUCGCCCAGACAGGCGUGUCCGUGGCGGGGAAACAGGCCGUCGUGAUUGGUCGCAGUAAAAUCGUCGGGGCUCCGAUGCACGACCUCCUGCUGUGGAACCACGCCACCGUCACCGUCUGCCACUCCAGGACCAGAGACCUGCCCGACCAGGUGGGGCGGGCGGAGGUUCUGGUGGUGGGGAUGGGUCGGGCGGAGAUGGUUCGAGGAGAAUGGAUCAGAGAAGGAGCCGUCGUCAUCGACUGUGGAAUCAACCACGUCCCAGACGACUCGAGGCCCGGGGGGAAGCGCGUCGUCGGUGAUGUUCAUUACGCUUCGGCCAGUCAGAGAGCAGGAUUCCUCACACCUGUGCCUGGAGGGGUGGGGCCUAUGACCGUCGCCAUGCUGAUGCAGAACACUGUGAUCAGCGCUCAGAGGUUUCUCCAGAGCCAGACCCGGACUUAAACAGGUCCAGGACCGAACCAGGACCAAACCAGGACCAAACCUGGACCAAACCAGGACCAAACCAGGACCAAACCAGGACCAAACCUGGACCAAACCUGGACCAAACCAGGACCAAACCAGGACCAAACCAGGACCAAACCAGGAGAAGCCGAGACAAGAGCCAUUAACAUCAAGUCCAACACAAUGUGAUCAGACCAGACCAAAGACCAGACCAAAGACUGGAUCCAGACCAAAGACUGGAUCCAGACCAAAGAAUGGAUCCAGACCAAAGACUGGAUCCAGACCAGGACCAGGCCACGACUUCAUAUAAAGUGUAAUUUAAAUUUAAUUUAACAGAGAUUUUAACUUUUUAAAAAUUAUUUUAAAUAAAAUAAAUAUUUUCAGAUUAAA